AAUCAUUUCAUUUCCUCAACUGUUUUGUUCGAACAAAAUAAUUCUAAUACCCAUUAUGCCCCUUUCUGUAAUUCGAUUACCAAAAAAUAUUAGCACUUUAGCAGGAGAGUGUGUAGAAUUAAAAUGGAGCACUGAUAGCCAAACUGAACGGCGACGAACACUUUCGUCUUUCGCACAGAAUCAUUUAAAUUCCAGAGGAGAGCUCCUCCUCCUGAUCUCUCCCUGAUUCUCUCUGAGUCUCGCUUCGUCUUUCCUCUUAUAGUGUGAGACAGAUUAAGCUUUUGAGCAUUUUCUGAGAACGAAGAAACCUAACAAGGUUUUGAAACCGAUUUAUUGAAGUUCAGGUCUUCGGGAAUCAGCAUUUAAAAAUGGGACAAAGCCAUGCUUUCGAGUAAUUAUCUUCAGUCUUCACGCUCUCCAAACUUUUGACCAACUCUUCACAUUGAUGGCAUCUAUUCCAUCAAAGUUAUAUUCAGAUGAUGUUAGCCUCCUCGUGCUUUUACUUGACACUAAUCCUUUCCUUUGGACUGGAGCAAACACCACCACCACCUCUCUCCCUUUCCAAAGUUUCCUCAAUCAUGUCCUCUCUUUCCUGAACUCCAUUCUUCUCCUCAAUCAACUCAACCAAGUUGUGGUUAUUGCCACCGGAGUCAAUUCUUGUGACUACAUUUACGACUCAUCUUCCUCGCCACCAACAACAGCUGAUAGUUCGGAAAAUGGGAGAAUGCCCAUGCUUUGCUCAAGACUACUGUCAAAAUUAGAGGAAUUUGUGAUUGAAGAUGAACGGUUGAGCAAAGAUGAGUCGCCAGAAGAGAUUGUGACUUCUCUUUUCUCAGGAUCAUUGUCCCUGGCUCUUUGCUGUAUCCUUAGUGAUAUACAGAGGGUGUUUCGUUCUGGAACACUCCAUCCCCAGCCUAGAAUUUUGUGCCUGCAGGGAUCCCCAGAUGGACCUGAACAAUAUGUUGCAGUAAUGAAUGCAAUUUUCUCAGCCCAACGAUCCAUGGUUCCUAUUGAUUCAUGUGUUAUAGGAGCCCAGCAUUCUGCCUUUCUGCAGCAGGCUUCUUACAUAACAGGGGGUGUGUAUCUGAAGCCUCAACUACCAGAUGGGCUAUUUCAGUAUCUUUCGAUGGUAUUUGCAACUGAUUUAUUGUCUCGAAGCUUCUUACGACUUCCAAAGCCUGUAGGGGUGGAUUUUCGUGCCUCGUGUUUUUGUCAUAAAAAGACCAUUGACAUGGGCUAUAUAUGCUCAGUGUGCUUGUCCAUAUUCUGCAAGCAUCACAAAAAAUGUUCGACUUGUGGGUCUGUUUUCGGUCAGGCCCUUGGAGACACUACUUCAACAGAUCGGAAAAGGAAGACUCCAGAAACAUGAAUUCCCUCUUCUGACAGUGAUUGUUAUGCAAGCGCUGAUGCUGUGUGUUUGCUGCAAUUGGUGCAGUACAGCAGUCAUAUACUGAAAUGUUGCUGAUUGUAAUUUACGCAGCAAGCAUUAACCCUCUCAAGGAAUCUGGGACAUAUGUUCCAGGAAAAUUACUGAAAGUGUAUGAACUCCUCGGCCUGGAAAUUCGGAUGGUUAGAAUGGAGAAUGGCAAAUGGAGUGUCCUACUGGUUUUCGGUUCUCUUUGACAGUUUGAUCAAACAUCAUGAGUUGGGACAUUUUUCUGUUGUCUAAUAUUUAGAAGGUUUCGAGAAUUUUUUUUUUCAUUAAAAUUUUCAUAAUCAGGAAAAAGAAGCAAUUGCUGUGAUGAUUUUUUUUUUUUCUUAAUAUUAAUGGUUAGAUGCUGCAAUGAAUUCUUGUC